UGAAUCUUUUGUGUCGACGAAGGGACGAUAGCCGCUGAGAGAAGGAGAAAGAAUGUUGUCGAUCCUUGUCCAUGAUAUCGUGGACUGACACUGCAGGAUAUCAUCUGGAUCUGAAACGGUAACGGAUUUCAUUUGUUUGUCGAGCCUCCCACUUUACUAUGACCGUGUCGUCGAGGAGGUUCAGGCAGGAGUUGUGAUGUCCAUACAGGAGCCUGGAACAGGGUUCAGGUGGACAAAGUUCGAGUUAUGGAGUGGAUUUCACUUUGUAUGAACGGAAUCUUCGUGAAACGGUGCGACGAGCACAGCAACCAUAAAUAAAAGACAAACGAUCGAGUUGCAUCAACAUUCUAUCAGGCAGCCUAAUGAGGAUCUGUUUACUUUGGUGACAGCAGAGACGAGUUUAUAAUGAUGUUUAGCCACGUACAGUUAUUGUCAAGCUCGCGCUCCUCCUCAUUUUUGCUAUGGCUGUGAUCGCAAAGUCUUUUCAUCCAUGGCUCCAUUUUGCAAACUCUUCUUGCGCUCUCCGUUUCGCAUCCGAGGAAUCUGAGGUUCUUUACCUGCAAAGUGCACAAUAUUAUUCUGUGACAAACAAUGACCUUGGCUGCCCCGUCUAACUUCCCCAACACAAGAUUCCAGGUGAUUCGAGACGACGAAUGGCAGAAGUUCAAACACAAACUCCAACUCCACUUGACGAAAGAGCAAAAUCCCUCUCUGUUUGCGCAGUUGGAAAACCUAGAACUCCAAUUCCAAGCGGAGCCGGUGGUCGACCCGAAAGACGCAGACAAUGUGAAAAUAGAGUUGAAAUUCGUCGGCGGCGGAAGAGGAACCGCGAGUCCGCUGCAAGGAGCAGAUGAAGUGCUGUGCAGCACGGUAACGCCAGCCGUCAACUGUGCGGAACCGGGCGUCGCUCCACGCUGUCGUCCUAUCAGAAUAUGGGGAGCUCCUGCAGAAAUCGUGACUAGAAGAAGAAGCGACUACACAGUUGAGGAUGCAGGUCCACCAGCGUUUACGAGGUACGGCGAAGAUGAGGAAGGUUGCUCAUACUGUGCCGAGUUCGACGAGCAACAAAAGCAGAACAACGGCAGAGAGGACUACAACUCCCCGUCGCUCGUGUUUUCGAGCGACUAUGUGGACCAGCGCUGUUCAGGGAUGAGCUCUGAUGUCGAUAUGGACGGAACCAGUCGCAUUUUUGACGAAUACAACAAUAGCAGUACCUUUGACGGUCUCGCGGCCCAGCUGGACCCGGACGAAACGUUCGCGGACGACGUGCCUGCGUUCUGCGCGCGAUGCGGAUCCGCUUUUUUCAUCGACCGGCUAUCUUGCAUGUGCUACGGCUGGGCAACAAAGUAUUCAUUGUCUUGUUUUAAUUUUUUUGCUUUCUUACGCGACCAUGAACAUUUUUUACCCGUGUGUAAGUUAGUACAUCCAAGUCGUGAUCGUUGCACGAAGUGCUACUGCAAGCUGGUUCUUCUUACUCUGAUGCCUACAGUUUCAAUUCUAUCCAGGAUCGAAAACCACGACACAGGCGGCCCUGUCGGUGUAGCAGGACAUGCAGGAAUUGCAAAUAAAAGGCCACCACCAGCACAAGGACGCAGAGAUCUCCGCUGCGGGCUUACGACAACAGGUGAUUUGGACGGUAGUACGGAAGCAGGAGACAAUGACUCCUACAAAGACGACGCUUUGGAGCCCACAUUUGGACGGACCGAGAUCUCCUUUCAGCGUCAGCGGCGACGGGAUUACGAUCGGUGUAUCACCAUUACAUCGGAGUAAAUUAAAAACAAGAGGCAGAAGAUCUCAUCUUGAUUUUCUAUUUCCAUGACUGCGCCAGAAAUGCAGCACGUGCACGAGAAUACAAAGGCACACUUUUUCAAACAGUUCUUGCAGUAGGUAGAAGAAGCAGUAGAAGUACAUGAGUGCUUACUGGUAUGACUCUGCGAUUUCUCUGUUAGUACUAGUAGUUCCAAAUCAAAUUUGACGCAAUAAAAACAAAGACUCUGCAACUGUCGAUGCUUUUCUUUCGAGUGGUCUGACUUUUCUAUGUCGAUAAGAAUUUUGUCAUAUACAUAUAUUAUAGUUUUUUGUACAAUUAGCGACUUUGAAAAUCCGUUUCGUUCUGCCUUUCCGAGUGGCCCGCCUUUCAAAUCUGUCACCUCAACCGACCUCUAUGUCAUUGUAAAAAAAGCUUCUUGAAAACAAGGAUGAGGAAUCACUUUGCUGUGGCGUCGCGGCCGUCAUAUGAUGCCGCAACACACAUAGCGACAGUAUCACAGUCUAAGACGAUGCACGAGUAAAGGAUUUCAAUUGAUGCUUUAAACAAGCGUAAAGAUAAAGAGAAU